AUGAAUGUUACACAUUGGAAUUAUUGCAGUGAAAAUUUAAGCAAAUUUGAAAAUGACAAAAAAAGUUUGGAUAAUCAGCUGAUUAAAUUUCACCAAAAGUCAGCCACUGACAUUUGGAUAGAAGAUUUAGAUGCAUUGGAAAGUGAAUUGGAUAGUUUGUUAAAUAAUAAUAUUGAAAAUGAAGAGAAUACACCUUCAACAAACACCAAAAGAAAAUUAAGUGUUUAUUUAAAAGAUAAUAAUCAGACAAAUAUAAUGGAAGAAAAUGGAAAAAGAACAAAAAUUUAUGAUUCAUAA